AUGGAAUCGCACAGCCUAGAGCGGGCGUCUCAGUAUCUGAACAAUCUAUUACUUGCUCGCGGCCUUCUCUCGAAUGGAAAACCUAUCGACUUUGCCUGCCCCGACCGGCAUGGCCAAGGUACUGAUGCAACGAUGUCCCGGGUCAUCAAUCUCGUCCACGAGCUAGUUCUCCGACGCGAUCAAGAUGCGGAGCAACGAGAAAAUCUCGCGACCAAUAUCCGAAAAGCUCGCGCCGAUGAGGCACAACGCGUCCUUGACCUCCAAAGAUUGCAAGACAAGAACGUGGAAUUGACCCGAAGUGCCGCCUCCGCCGAAUCCCACGAACGCACAAGUAAAGUAGCACUUCGAAAAGCAGAAGCCCAGGCCAAAGAACUCAAGGAACAGAUGUUGAAAAUGAAAUCCAAUCUUGAGCAAGUGCGCGCCAAGUGCUUGAGCGACGUUCGAAAACGAGAUGUCGAGCUUGAUAAGUUGAAGGCCCAUCUGGCGGGGAUCCAGCGAGGAAAAAAGGAUGCGUCGGGGAUGAAAAUCAAUGUGAUAAACUGGGAGCCAGAAAUCAAGGCCCGAGAGAAGCGAAACGGGCAGGAUGCGAAUAGUUCCGACUGGAGCCUCGAGAAAGAAACCAAUGAUUUUCUGGCAGCCGUGUUGAAUGAGACAAGCACUGAGAAUGUAUCACUCAGAAGAAUUAUCACCGACACCAUGGAAAUACUUUGUGAUCUCAUUGGCUUUGAACAAGAAACUGUUGAUGAGGAAGGGGAGAACGCAAUGGGCACACCCGGCCAAUAUCGCAAGUCAAGACGAAGAGCAGCCCAAACGCCUGAGGACCUCACAUCAUGCGCCGCCCUCGCAGAUCGGAUGAGGGCCAUUCUGGAGCACUGCCAAUCGAUCCUCAGAGAUCCUUCAUUCGUCCCAAUUGAGGAAGUACAAAUACGAGACGAGCAAAUCAUCCAGUUGAGACUGGGCUGGGAAAAGAUGGCUGCAAGAUGGAAAGGAGCCGUGACCAUGAUGGAUAACUGGCGCCGACAGAUGGCCGCGAAUGGCGAAGGGUUGUCAGCCAAGGACCUUUCCAAUCUAGAAUUCGGCAAGAGUGUGGCGAUGCUUCCGAAUGGACAGCCCGUAUUUGGAGCUGACGAAGAGUUAUCAUCAAUAUUAUAUGAGAAUAGCAAACUGGAAAAGGAUCGAGACGAAGAGCCCGCCUAUCAGAUGAACGGUGGUUCGCCUCCACACAAUACCAUGAACGACGAAGAAGAGCGGGAUUCGGACGUCGACCUCCUGCCGAAAGCCUCACCGAAGCGGCCUGCUUCAAUUUCUCGACGAGUGGGUCUGAAUAUAGGGAAGCCGAUUCGACCGUUACAGGCCAUCGAUCUCAAUCGGAACCACUCGCCGAAUCGUGAUACGAAUUCACAAUCACCAUGGGGGCAAAGGGUCGAUCCUGAGCGGGACCAUCGGGAUGGUCAUUCCGACGCCGAAAAUGAUAAACUUGCGCCCGUGGAAUCCAAAAUUCCGCGACAGGUGGGCUUGAUAUUGGCUAGGUCGAAGACGCAUGGAACUAACUUUGGUGUCCAGAUCAAACGACAAGAGGCUAGGUUGACCGUGGCAGAAAAGCUUGCCCUUGUUGAAGCAGAGGCACUGGGAGUGCAGAAGGAAUCGUCACACGAUACCAAGAAAAGAAGGCGGUCAGGUAUGAAGAAGACGAGGAAACGUUCGAGAAGAAGAAGCACGUUGAGUCCGGAAGAACUUGCGGCGCUGAUGGGUAUUGAAUAG